AUGGGAUCAUUUGGUGAAAUAAAAAAAAAUUCGAAUUUUUUCAUUUGUCAUGGGAUUCUCGAUUUUUACUGGCAAAGUGUUUGCUUGAGGUUUUUGGACUUAAGUGGUGAUCAGUGCCCGAAAAUUAAAGAAGUUUUCUUUGAUUUUGUAAACCUUGAUCAAACAAGCGGAAAAGCAAUAUCUGACGCUAUAUUGCAAAGCUUAUCCGUGCACAACAUUGAUGUUGCACAAGCAAGAGGCCAGGCUUACGAUGGUGCAGCUGCAAUGUCCUCUGAAGCAUGUGGUGUGCAAGGUCGAAUCAAAAGAGUUGCACCGUAUGCACUGUACACCCACUGUAACAGCCAUGUAUUAAAUCUAAGCAUAGCAGCUGCAUGCAAGCUACCAACAAUAAGAAACAUGAUUGGGGUAGUAAAUGAAACGUACUUGUUCUUUCAUAACUCCCCAAAGCGUCAAAGAUUUUUCGAGCAARUUCUUGAAAUUUCUUCUUGUACUUCACGAAAGGCAAAGUUGAAAGGGCUUUGUAAAACCAGAUGGGUUGAGCGACAUGAGUGUUAUGAAACUUUUUACGAGUUUUACGAGUUUAUUUGUAUAAGCCUAGAGGCUAUUAAGGACAAAAACUCACAUCCUGGCAUUUACCAGCCUMUAGAUUUUUCAUGGGAUAGAGAGACCGUAAUUAAGGCACAAGGCCUUUUUGCGUCUUUAGAGAAGUUUGAAUGGCUUUUCACAUUUCUUAUUGUGAAAAACUGCCUGGAAACUGUAAAGCCAAUUGCAGCUAAACUACAGAAGAGUGACCAAGAUGUGUUUACUGCGUACUCGAUGAUAGAUGAUGCAAUUGAAAAGAUGGAACGGAUGAGAUCGAACAUUGACCAAGAGUGCCAUGAGUGGUUUGAGGAUGCCUCCGAACUUGCAUCUAAAGUUGGUGUGGAAGUGAACGUUCCAAGAAUAACAGGAAGGCAAGUACAUCGAAAUAAUGCCCCAAGCACAAACGCAGAAUCCCAUUAUCGAAUAAACGUUGCUUUGCCCUUUCUUGAUCACUUGUUAGAGGAGAUGAAGUUGCGUUUCAACGAAGAAAAUCGGGUGGGUGCAGAAAUUUUUGGCCUGGUUCCAAGUGUUAUCGUGAAAAGAGAUGAUCUUUCUCAAAUGAAGAAGAAACUGGAAUUUUGGCAGCAUGAUCUACCUUCCCCUUCUUCGCUUCUCUUUGAGUUGAAAGAAUGGCAAAACUUCUGGCAAAAGCUAGACCCCGAGGUAAAASGGCCUGGAAAUCUAGUUGAAUGCUUGAAAUUUGCCGAUGAGGAUCAAUAUCCCAAUAUAAAUAUCAUUCUUAAAGUCGGAUGUACACUACCUGUUGGAUCUGCURAAGCAGAGCGCUCAUUUUCUGGUCUGAGGAGGAUUAAAUCUUACUUAAGAAACAGGAUGACUGAUGAGAGGCUUGCAGGACUCGCCCUAAUGCAUUUACAUCAUGAAAUUGAAAUCGACAGUGAUGAGAUUUGUAAAAGAUACAUUGCUGCGAACAAGAGACGACUAUUUUCCAGCUGCAUUUUUUACAAUUAA